CUAAGGGUGAUCAAGUGUUAACUUUUGUGUAUUGUACUGAUUGCACUUGCAAUAUCCGAACCAGUAAAUUUGGUGUUCAUGUUUCUCAUUUCUGCACUUGACAUUUCUUGGCUAUUAGACUAAACAUUCCAGGUCCUAGAAUUUCAAGCCUACGGGCUGUACAAAGAACAACAACAAUCUUCUUAUCAAUAAUCUCUCUGUACGAAGAAAAUGGAGUCAUUUCAAAUGGCCAAAGACAGUGCUCCUCUUUCCCUUUCACAAAGUUUCAUUCUCCCAGAGGAGAAGAGGCCACAACUCUCAAAAGUAUCAAAUUUGGCCUCAAUUCCCAUCAUUGAUUUGAGCGUUGAUCAUAUCAACAAAGAUGGUGCCUCCCAUGAGGUUCUACUUGAUAAGAUAACAGAAGCUUGUGAAGAGUAUGGCUUCUUCCACAUCAUAAACCAUGGAGUCCCUCAAGACUUGUGCAAAAGAAUGUUGACAGCCAUUUCUGAUUUAUUCAAAUUGCCUCCUCAAGAAAGGUCCAAGCUCUUCUCUACAGAUCAUACCAAAGAAGCCAGAAUUAUGAACUACUACCUUAAAUUUCAAAAUCAAGACAAGGUCACAAUGUGGAGUGAAAACUUUAGCCAUCCUUGGGAUCCUAAUGGAGAUUUUGCCACUUUGUUACCAGAAAAUCCUCCUCAAUAUCGUGAAGUUUUUGUGGAAUAUGCAAAGGAGAUAAAUAACUUGAUGGAGAUCAUUUUUGGCCUAAUAUCUCAAAGUCUUGGCCUAGAGAAGAAUUGCUUACAAAGCAAGUUAGGUGAGAAGCCAAUAUUGAAAGCACAAGCCAACUUCUACCCGCCAUGUCCAGACCCUGAGCUCACACUUGGACUGGCUGUUCAUACUGAUCUUUCAGCCCUCACAGUGUUGAUGCAAUCAGAAGAAGUGAGUGGUCUACAAGUGAUUAAAGAUGGGAGUUGGGUUGAUGUUAAACCAGUCCCAGAUGCUUUUGUUAUUAAUCUAGGUGAUCAACUUCAGGUCCUAAGUAAUGGAAGAUACAAGAGUGUGCACCAUAGAGCUGUGACCAACAAAAUGUUACCUCGAAUAUCACUAGCUAUGUUUUAUGGACCAAACAAGAACACUUGGAUAGGUCCGAUUGAAGAGUUAGUUGAUGAAGAACACUCUCCUAUCUAUCGAAGAUUCAAGUAUUCAGAUUUUAUAGAAGAAUUCAAUAGACAAGAAGGAACGAGGCGAAGGGUAAAGGAAGCUUUUGAGCUUCAACAACAUGACCAAAAUGCAUGAAUAGUAUCAUUAUUUACCAUUACCAUUUGAUGCUAUUCCUUAUAUAAUUUCUAUGAUUUGGACCUUUUCAAAAAUGUUUAAUCUCUUA